UUAUAGAGAACACACCAAGACUCUCUUCUUCCUCUCUAAUUCUUCCUCAAAAAGGGCAUCUUCAAGGUGGGUUCGAAUGGCCGCCACCACCACCGCGGCCACGGCGGCCGGAGUCAAUCUCCGGCGCCACAAAAAAGUCGUGGUAAUAAUGGGCCCGACAGGGUGCGGGAAGUCUAAGCUCGCCGUCGAAUUGGCUUCCAGAUUCUUCCCCUCGUCGGAAAUCAUUAAUUCCGACAAAAUCCAGGUGUACCGUGGCCUCGACAUCACCACCAACAAAAUACCCUUGUCUGAACGCAAGAACGUCCCCCACCAUCUCCUCGGCGAGUUCGACUCGCAACCCGAGUUCACUCCGGCCGAUUUCCGGUCGUCGGCGGCGUUUGCCAUUUCCGACAUCCUUUCGCAGGGGAGAGUGCCGUUCGUUGUCGGAGGAUCCAACUCGUUCAUCUACGCGCUCCUCGUCAAGAAAUUCGAUCCGACGGUCGACGUUUUCGACGAGCCGUCGGCAUUCUGCAACGAGCUCAGAUACAAAUGCUGCUUCAUAUGGGUCGACGUCUCCCCGCCGGAGCUGAAUCGGUAUUUGGUGGAACGCGUCGACGACAUGCUCGAAUCGGGCAUGUUCGAGGAGUUAGCUGAUUAUUUCUCCGACACGAAGGUCCCGUCGAAACGCUCCGGUCUGAAUCGGGCCAUUGGAGUGCCGGAGUUCGAGAAGUACUUUAACAGAUUUCCUAACCGGAGCAUUAUUAUUCCGGCGGAUGACGUGGCAAGGCGGGAGGCGUACGAGGAGGCAGUCAGGUCCAUCGAGGACAACACGUGUCGGCUAGCGAAGCGUCAGCUGUGGAAGAUCCAACGGCUGAGAGACGCCGCCGGGUGGGACUUGAAUAGAGUUGACGCCACGGCGGCGAUGGGCGGAGAUUCGUCGUCGGAAAUAUGGGAAAGAGAGGUUGUGGAACCGAGCGUGAAGAUUGUGAAGAGGUUCUUGAUGGAGUAGGUUUUCCAGCAAAUUCCAGCUCUUAUUCA